CAAAAGUAAUUUGUACUUUUUUGGAGAGGAAAAUCUUUUUAAGCAACUCUCGUAAUCGUAAUUAGCAAAAGUUAUAAUAUUACGUCAGCGGGGCAGCUUCUUCCAAUUGGCUGUUGCUUGGAUAUAGUGCCUAAACACUAGCAAACGGCCAGGAGGAAAGCGAACGAGCUAACCUUGCAGAAGGUUUUGUUCAUAAAAAUGCCGAAAUAUCCCGAGGAGCCGAGAAACGUGAGUGUAACGUCACCGCCAGCUCGAGGUCACUGGGUGUGGAGGGAUGAAACUCGAACUGUGGAGUUCGUCAGUUCUAGUCCAACAGAGGAGGGUGUUUUGAGGAAAACGAGGCAAACCAAUGUACAUUUCAACAAUCUUCAGCAGCGAUCAGAAUGGUUGGCUGAGAUCUUCACAUUGAACAGUAGAGGGCGCCAACGCAUUAGAAAGAGCCUGAGCCCUGCACAUUUGAAUGCUUACAGGUCCUCGGUGAUGAAGAGGCGAGGGGACCGCAUCAGCAUUGAUGAUGUUAAACAGGUUGCAGUCAGUUUGAUGCAGGAGAAUUACUCACUUCCCAUUCCAUUCUGCUUCUUGGCUGUAUUAAAGAGUAAAGAGCUUGAUGAAGUCCUGACUACCCUUCUCCUUUACCUGUCUUGUUUCUUUGAACACAAGUGUCAGGAGAAUACACCUAAGUCUUUAAUGGCUGUAGACAUCAUCACAGAGCACAAUGUAAUGCCAGAGGCUUUGGCCAAAAAGGAAAUGGCACAAAAGAAGCUGGCUGUCUGCUACUUCAGCCUAAUCAUGGACCUGGAGAUGCAACAGCAUCAACACACCUCGUUUCACAAAGGCUGGAUGUCGCCAAACAACACAGAAUGGCUUCUACAUGCGUGCUUGUAUAGCUUCUUCUGUUAUGUGGCGUGGGUGACGUUUGGCAGGAAAGACCUGAGGGACAUCCAAGAGGAAGUGGGGCGUCUUUUGUACUCUGACACCUUCAACAAGGCAGUGAGGGACAGGACUGAUGGUGACUCAGGCAAGAACCUCACUACCGUUAAUGGUUCAGUGAAGACGGGAGAAGCUCACUCCAAGGUGACGGGAUGUAAUGGCACAUUCAAGCAGAGAAUGUCCCAGAGGCGUCCAACCCUAAGCAAUAUACUUAAUCAGCGAUCCCCACUGAUGGUAUCUCUGCUGCCCUCGCCCAAAGAACGGUCACCCCAUCUGUUCCUCAGCAGCCGGGCCGGGAGGCCGAGCACGCUGCAGGCUGAGCACUGUGACACCAAGGCCCUGACGGCGGCGCUCAACCAGCAGCUGGCCAGUGUCAGCUUUGGGAUUCUUGGCAAGCCAAUGAGACAGUUCAGCCGCAGCACCCUGAUUCCCUUUGGUGAACAGAAAAACCAGAGAGAUGAGGAUGAUGACCAUGAACCAGGAAGUGUUGUUAAUACCAACACUGAGGAUAGUCGUGGGGUCCACGUUCGAGGUAGCAGGUCAUCCUCAAUGGGACCCAAGCCGACAGACCUUGACAGAUAGGGCAGCCCCCCCCACAUUAACACUAGAAACUCUGUAGCUACUGUUGAGGCAGUGACCUCAGAUACUGAAUGAUGUGUAUGUGUAAAAGUGGCAGAAUGUUUUAUAGGCGUGCAUUUUCAUUGGCAUAAUACAGGCAUUGCAUGUGUAUGGCCUUCCAAUCUUAUCCCUCAGCACAGCCCACAGGGGCAAAACAGAGAGAAAGAUAGGAGCUGAGUUUCAUUCUACCUUGCACAUGUGGGCCUCAUUUUCAGAAGCCCCUCCUUGGGCAGUCAUCACACACACACACACACACACACACACACAAACAACAUUUGCUUCUGAAUUUAAAUCGGUUUCUUAUUUCUCAGCUGGUGAGGCUGUUUAAUAAAAUAUAAUGAAAUCCAUAACAACUUUGAUUGUCUGCACUUUCUAUAGAGUCUGAAAAACAUUAAAUUCUCAUGAAAAUUAAGGAUGUCCUGCACAUUGCAUGCACAGUUCACAUUGGAUAUAAUAUUUAUUUGGGAAAUGAAAUAAUAUCAUAUACAAAAAGUUUUUUGUCAUUUCGAUCAGUGUUCAUCUUUUUAUAUUUCGAUUAUUGAAGGCCUCCUUAAGACCAUCAUUCUCUGUCCUUGUGCUGCACCGCAAUAGGCUGACCACAACAUCUAACGUACACACAUGCACACACACGCACACACACACACCAUUCUCCAGCCAGGCUUGUAAGCAGUAGGGGCUUUGCCUUCGCCCUAAUUGUCUGUAUAAUCUGGGACACCAGGAGAAGAGUUAAGCCCUCUGAGGAGGCCUAGGAAUCUUUUGCAUGAGGGUGGGGGAAGGGCAACAAGAUAUAUUCUAAACUAGUUUUAAAAAUGUAGAAUAUUCCUGGUUUAAAUUUACGUUUAGUUUUACUAUUGUUGUUUGUUUCUAUUGAGAUAAUUGAGGAUGAACACUUUGAUGAGGACAAAAAAAAUUGUUCAGAUCAAAUGGGACGUGUUACUUUCUACCCUCUUGUCUUCAUCCCCUGAUGGCUACUUUCACUUUUACUCACACAAUAUUUAACAGGGGAUUUUCACUGGACUGACUGAAUAAUCAAAGACGUGCUUCACUGG